UGAAAUAUUUUUGUAUUUAAACAUUGGCUUUCGUUUAUUCAUACUACCAUUCAAUAAAACUGGAAAUAAAUUACUUCCAUACGGUACCUCAUACAUGAAUACGCAGUACAAAAGUACUUUACUUCCGGGUUGAUCGAUUUAGAGUUUUGUUAAUGGCAAGUAUUUAUUUAAUAUUAAUAGGAAGAAUGAGUGUUCCUAAAAUUACUAGAUUCAAUUUUGAUAAAAAAGAGUCAAAGUUUUCACUGUAUUUGGGUGGAUGUAAUGAUGUUAAUCUUUUAGAAGUGUCUGCAAUUAGAGAUAUCCUGAGAAUAGGUCUUUUAAUACAAGAAUGUUUGCUCAUUGAAAAAGAUAUUGACAAGAGGCUAAUUUCUGUAAGAGAACUUAGUGUACAAUUAGCAGACUUGGUUCUUCAAUAUUGGACAAGAUCGAAUGUUUUUUUCAAGUUUCUUGUGGUAAUAAACAAGAUAUCUUUGGUUCAGAAAAUAGAACUAGCCUGGAAUAAGUUAAGUAAUAUUUCUAAAGGAAAAACAGUCUAAAAAAUUGUUUCUACCUGGGUAAUCAAAUUAGAUCAAUUGCUUGACAUUAGAUCUUGUAAAUUUGAAAUCACUUUGUAAUAAAAAGUGCUCAAGUGAUAAGGCAAA